GGGCUCGGCGCGCGCGCGCGCGCACAUGCACACUUCGUUCCGGGUCGCAACGCUUUUGAUGUGGUGUGGGGCAGCGUGGCGCAAGUGCAUCCCGUCCUCCGACAGAGCUGGUCUCAAGAAGUAGUGUUUUGGGGGCAGAUUGAGGUAUAAGUUCAUCCACCGAGCCACCAUGCAACAGCUACCACCCAGCACCAUUAGACUUCUUUCAAGCUCUCAGUCAAUAUCCUCUGUUGUUAAUGUUGUGAAGGAACUUGUGGAAAAUUCAUUGGAUGCGAACGCAACAAGCAUUGAAGUCAAAUUAGAAAACAAUGGGUUUGACAGGAUCGAGGUGAGAGAUAAUGGUGAUGGGAUCAAAGCUGCCGAUACCCCUGUCAUGGGAUUGAAGCAUUACACAUCCAAAAUUACUCAUCAUGAGGACUUGGAAGCUCUAGAAACGUACGGGUUUCGUGGUGAAGCUUUGGCUUCUAUCUGUGCUGUAUCUGAGGUUAUUGUCACCACUAAGACCGGUGUUGAUGAAGUGAGUACGCAGUAUACCUUGGACAGUGCUGGACAUAUCAUUUCACAGAAGCCUUCUCACAUGGGACAAGGAACAACUGUGACUGUGCUCAAACUUUUUAAGAAUAUCCCUGUGAGAAAGCAGUUUUACUCAACUGUCAAAAAAUGCAAAGAUGAGCUGAAAAAAGUUUAUGACCUCCUAAUGGCAUAUGGCAUAAUAAAACCAGAUGUUCGGAUUAUUUUCACACACAAUAAGGCAGUUGUAUGGCAAAAAGCCAAGGUGUCGGAUCACAAAAUGGCCCUGUUAACAGUUCUGGGAACUGCUGUGAUGGUCAGCAUGGUACCUAUCCAACAUCAUGAGCAAGAACCUGAGAUUUUCCUCAGUGGUUUUCUUCCCAAGCCCAGUUCUAAUCCCUCUUCGAUGAGUCUCACCAGCCCUGACAGAAGUUUUAUCUCUGUGAACUCCAGACCUGUUCAGCACAAGGAAAUAUUAAAGUUGGUCCGACAGUACUACAGCUCUCAAUGCCAGAAGGAUUCUUCACAUAUUCGUUAUCCAAUUUUCUUCUUAAAUAUCUUGGUUCCAGCCUCAGUCAUAGAUGUCAAUUUAACACCAGAUAAAUCCCAAAUAAUGUUUCAUAACAAGGAAGCCAUCUUGUUUGUGAUUGAGAAGGUGUUGAUUUCGGUUUAUGGACAACUUGAUGAACCAUCCCCUGAAUGUUUACCAGAAACUGGACUUCCUAGCAGUGGCGAAGCAAAGAAGUCUGGUACCUCAAUGUCAACAGAAACUUCUCUGGUUGCUGACACUGUAAAUACGUGUCCUGAAACCAUCACUUUUCCUAACAAUAUCUCGGAGGUGGUGGUUGAUAAAAAGGAGAGUUUUGAUGGAAACAUAGCUAAGAACAAGUCCAAAGAGACACCUUCUCCUGCGAAUGUGGAAUCAACUUUUGUGCCAGAAUUUGAUGUGGCAUUUGCAUUAGAUGAUGACUGCAUUCUUUCCAAGAGUCAACCUGAUAUUAACAAUGAAAACGCUGGUUAUUCAUCUUUGGUACCUGUGACAUUAAGUGAACAGAUCUCAGUUGUAAAAGAUUCCAGUGAACCAACUGCUGAUGACUGGAGUAAGGGUGUGAUGAAAGAUUCUAUGGAGCAGGCAUUUGCACCCGUAAAGCUUUUGGUACCCAAAGACACAUCUGGUCAAGAUCAAGUAGCCUGUGAUGAAAAAAAGCAACACAGCCCAACCAGUAACUCAAACAACAAUCUGAGUACAAAUUCUUCUAAUGUGGUGCAGGAUAAAAUUGGGCAGAUCACAUUAUACGACUUGAUCAGUAAUCGCACUGUCAAAAAGUCUCUGCCGGCUUCUGCCCUAUUCAUGCAAGAAAUUCGACCCAAACUGUUAGCAGAGAACCCAAGAGCUAAUCUGCAAGAUGUUAGCAUGAAACUUGAAGAGAUGUGGAAAAAUCUGAAUGAGGAUGAGAAAAAGAAGUACGAGGACAAAGCAGCAAAAGACCUGGACAGAUACAAUUUACAGCUGAAGAAAGCCAUGGAAAAAAAUCCUUGUCACAAUGAAGAGAAUCAGCCAACAUUGGCCCAAGCAUCUAAGGUUGCUAAGAAGCACAAACAAAAUGCACCACUUUCUAACCAGCAAAUAUUGGAUAAACUUUUUGAGUCACAGAUCCAUAACAAAACCAGCUUGGAACAUCCUUGUAAGGCAAUAGAUGUUCCAUUUUCUUUAAGUGUUUUAAAAAAACAACUUGAGCAACUUUCCAAAAACCAUGAAACAGGUGGUGAAAGACUUCAUCUCAUUAAUUGCUUGACUUCCCACAAUGGAUGGGUUGUUGCCUCUGAAAAGAGGCUGAUGUUACUAAACCCUUUUCGAGUGGAGGAAGCUCUACUCUUUAAAAGACUGAUGGAGAAUCAUAUUUUUCAAACAGAAAUCCUUGAUACACCAGUUCCUCUAACCAGCAGCCAGCUUGGAGGACCCCAGUAUGUCGAUUGUCUCUAUAAUAUGCAAAAAGAAAGCACCGCUAUGAGGGGGAUAACUUAUUUUACAGAUCCCAGACUUGUCUCUAAUGGGUUCAAGAUCCAGCUAAUCAUAGGUGGUUCAACAGGAGAGCAUCAUUUGGAAAUUCAAGAAAUGGCUAGGUGUUUACCUUUCUACGGUAUAUCAGAUUUACGAGAGAUUCUGACUGCAAUUUUAAAUAAAAAUGCUCAGCAUGUGCACCAGUGCAGACCUUUAAAGGUUGUAAAUUAUUUGGAGGGAGAGGCUGUUCGUCUGGCUCGACAGUUACCACUGUGCUUUUCGAGGGAAGACAUAGAAGAUACAUUGUUAAGGAUGCAGCAAGAACUGGGAAAAGACUGUAAUAGCUGUAUUCAUGGCCGUCCAUUUUUGCAUCAUUUAGCAAGCAUUCCAGAAAUGAACUGACUGGGCGUAACAUACACCAGGGCUAAUUAACGCCAAUUGUUACAACUGAGGAUGCAAUAUGGAGGUGCAGCAAUAAUAAUCUUUCAAUGCAAGCAAAAAACAUUUAUUAUGAAAGCAUAUGGUCCUGUUGUCUUGAUUCAUAAUUUUUGAAUUCAAUCAAUUCUCUGCAAUUUGGAAUAUUCUGUUUUCUAAACACAUCUAGUUUCAUGAAAAGAUGAAUUUCUUCAGAAAUUGCAUUUAUUUCUGAACUCAGUAGCCUGUGGUAAAAUACAACACAUAUUUCUGAUAGUAUGCCCUACUCUUAAAGGGUAUAUCCAGAAUAUUGUUUGAACUACAGAGUAUAACCAAUUAAAUAGUCUUGGCAGAUCCAUAUUUCAAUCCUUGUAUCUUUGCUUUCUCACUGUAGAUGCAAAAUAAAAGUUGAAGAAUUUCUCUUUUCUCCUUUCUCAUCAUUUUCCUUUGUUUAAUGGGGAAAUUGAACACCCCAUCCAUUCCUGAAUCCCAUUUCUCUAAAUCAGCAACUGCAAUAAGGACAAGUGUGUCAAGGACCAGUUUGUUUCUCAUCCUGUCUUCUUCACGUGUGAAGUCACUUAUCCCGUGAGUAAACCAAGAUCAGAAAUUCCAUAAUGUUGAUUUCUUAUCCUGCCAGUACUUAAGACUGUCGAUUCUUAACAGAGUGAGAAGAGGUAUUGUAUUUUGCAUAUUUAGAAAUAAAAUAUUAUUUCUAUUAAAAGAUUCUGAAUAAUUUUACCAACAAUUGAGACCUUUGUUUUGUGUGAAACGUGGUAUUUUUUUAAACAAAGUACAAAUCUGUAAUCAGUUUUUUAAGGUCUUCCUCAAAAUCCUGUGUUUCUGAUUCUAUGCUUUCUUUUCCCACAGUGAAAAGGGUCCCAUUGUGUUUUGCCCCCCACAGAAACAUGAUCCUCUCUGAUCAAUGCUAAGAGUUAUGUUCUUCAUUCAGCACAAUAAGACUUAACUAUAUCACUUCCUUGAUUAUUUCCAUGAAUCUGGAAUGGAAGAAGGAUUAUUGUCUCGUUAUAUUCUAGUUUAUUUUUAAUGUUUCUUCAUUUGCACACCCAUUGUUAGACUGUUGCAACUGAAAUGGUAUUAUUGCAUCUGAAACUAAGCCAGAAAAAAAACUCAGUAGGUCAGGCAGUAUCUGUGGAGAGAGAAAUUGUGUUUUGUUGUAUGUUUUGAUGAAUGGUCAUUGAGCUCAGACUUAACUCAGUUUGUCUCUCCACGAAGACAAGCUGACCUUUUCCAGCAAUUUUCAUUUCUAUUUCUGAUGUCUGGGAUCCAAAGUGUUUAGCAUUUUGCUCUUAUCCCUGAACUAAUUACUUUGGUGCCUUGAUACUGUCUCAUAACUUAGAUUAAGAAUCAAGCCCUGCUACAAAUGCAACAUAAAUUGUAUACUCACAACAAAAGCAGAAAAUGCAUUGUUAAUCCAUUGGCAUUAAAAGAGCAAUAUUCUAUUACAAGCAAUGAAGGUUCUGUUAAGAUCUGACCAUCAUAAUUUAUAUUAUUUUCUGAUUAUAUGUCAACAACGCCCAGAAUGUGUGGUUCUUGACAUUCCUCUGAGUGAAUCACUGCAGAAGCAGCAGCUGAUUCUCUUAAAAAUGCAAAUUGAAAAUACACAAACGUCUUGAAAGAAGACAAGCCUAUAAUUCAUCAUUACAGGUUUCUCUUUUUCAUUUUGUGUCAUCUAUAUUCUUUGAAGUAAAGAUAACAAGUCUACAUGUUUCUAAUUAUGUAUUUGAUACUUCUGAGGGGUAUGCAGGACAAUAAUUGCAUGUAUGUGUCUUCCCUAAGUCUUUCACUAAUAAAACUGUACAUUUAUACCUG